AUGGCCAAUUGUACAUGUGUGACCAGAUUCCUCCUGCUGGGGUUCUCGGAGGUCCGGGAGCUGCAGCUGGUCCAUGCCGCGCUGUUCCUCCUGGUCUACCUGGUAGCCCUGACGGGGAAUCUCCUCAUCGUCGCCGUCACCGCCCUCGACCGGAGACUCCACACCCCCAUGUACUUCUUCCUCAGGAACCUCUCCUUCAUAGACGUCUGCUACAUCUCCGUCACCGUCCCCAAAUCCAUAUUCAAUUCCCUGGCCCACAGGUGUGAUAUUCGUUUCCCAGACUGUGUUCUUCAAGUAUUCUUCUUCAUCUCCCUGGCGUCUGCCGAGAUGGGCGUCCUCACGGUGAUGUCCUACGACCGCUACGCCGCCAUCUGCCGCCCCCUGCUCUAUGAUGCUGUCAUGAGCAGAGGGGCCUGUGCGAAGAUGGCGGCCACCUCCUGGCUCAGCGGAGGCUUUGCCGGGCUGAUGCACACAGCCGCCACCUUCUCUAGAACCUUCUGUGGUUCCAACAUGAUCCAACAGUUCUUCUGUGACAUCCCCCAGCUCGUAAGAAUAUCCCAUAGUAAAGGCAACGUUGCAGAAGUGGGAGUCUCUCUGGGAACUAUAAGUCUCGCCCUCGCCUGUUUUGUUUCCAUGGUGGUGUCUUAUGUUUACAUCAUUUCCACCGUGUUGAAGAUGCCGUCUGCUGAGGGCCGCUCCAAAGCCUUCUCCACCUGCCUGCCCCACCUCGUCGUGGUGAUUUCUUUUCUCUCGACGAGUAGCUUCGCCUACUUAAAGCCGACAACAGAGUCCCCGUCUGCCCUGGAUUUGUUGCUGUCCAUGUUCUAUGCCGUGGUGCCCCCUGCCCUGAACCCCCUCAUCUACAGCCUAAGGAACCGGGACAUGAAGUCUGCCCUGGAGAAGAUGCUGGGCAGAAAACUUUCCCUGUAG